AUGAUGGCUCAGGAGGAAGACGAUGCCACUGAUGAUGAUGAAGACGAUUUCUUUGGUAAUCCGUUAAAGCAUCUCAUGUCUAAAGUGAUGAAUGCUAAGAAGAGUGAAAAUGAAGCUGGGACCACUACAAGUGAUCCAUUACAAGUGACCAGAAAAAAAGAACCGAUCAAAAAGGAUAAGGGCAAGAAAAAGGAGAAUACACUGGAUGAUCUAAACGACGACGACGAUGAUUUAUUGACGUUGGGGAGAAAAAGAAAAGUAAAGGAAGAUUCCGCUUUAUCGGAAGUUGAACAAGAAAUCAAAGAGCUGGAAAGAUUUUCCAACAUUUCUGCUUUUCCCUCAUCUGGUUUGGGUCCUUCAACAAGCAGUUCUACAGAGAGCAAUACCAAAAGAAGGAGAAAAGUUAUGGAUGACAGUAAUUCUAAAUCACAUACUAGUCCCAUUAUUAUUGACGAUAAUACUCUUGAGGCCGACGACAGUAUAUUUGCAAAAGAAGAAGUCUUUAUUGUGGAACCACACUGCUCGAUUGAAAUUGGUGAUCUCGAGAGCUGUGAUACUUGUAUAAAACGUUGGAAAAUGAGUGAAACAUUCAUGGAUAUUAUCAAACUUUAUGCAUCAAAUUGGUCUUGUUCACCGGACAACGUAAUUUUAUCACUGAGGAAUGGAAAGCGAGUUUCUACAGAGGACACUCCACGCAGUGUUGCUUUCAGUGAAAAAGAUGUCAAUUAUUUAUCAGUUUACAAAAACAGUCAGAGUGGAAGUCAUAAAACGAACAAAAUAACUGUUAAAUGGUUGCUACCUGAACAAAACAAACCCAUCAUUACUACCGUUCCGAGGGAUAUCCCAUUCAUAAUUUUGAAACGAGAUUUCGCCGUUGAUAAUGGGUUGGAUGAGGAAAAACUUGCAUUAGUUUUCGAUGGCGAACGUAUCAAUCCGCAAGAAACUGUGGACACAUUAGGAAUCGAGAAUGAUGAUUGCAUCGACGUGUACAUGAAGUGA